UAUUAUUCAUCAUCAUCAACAUCAUUAUGUAAUCAGUUGUUGUACACAUGUAUCGAAAUAAAUGAUUUUUUUUAUUAUUCAAAUUCAUUUCAAUUAUCUAAAAUUUUCGAAAUGCGCUGCUAUCUGAAUGAUAAACUACAUCGUCAUCGUAAUAAGUUAGCAACUAUGAUGGGAAUUUGACACUAUUGAUAGAUUGAUGAAGUGUUGAUUGAUCCCAGAUACUCGAUGGUUAAUGAUAAUUUUCGGGUGGGUUUAAAUACUAGAUUACAAUCAAUUAGAAACAUUCAUUAAAUCAAAGUCGAACAUUCCAUUAUUUAUGAUAUUCAAAACAUCACAACUUUGAUCAUUAACAAUCACAUGUUUUGGAUUUCAAAUAUGAAUUUUUUUCUAUAACAAAUUCUACACGCCAUCUACACACAUAAAAAGUGAAUAAUAAUUUCGAGCAGAAAAAAAUGAUGAUCAUCAUUGAUCAAUUGUUACAUACGUUGUAUACGUUGUACAUGACAUCGAACAUUUUAUUUUUUUCAAAAGCAAAAAUCCAUUGAAUUCUUAAAACUAAUUGAUAAUUGAUUAUCUCAUAUCUAGCCAAAAGCAUAUUAUUCAUCACACGUGAAACAAUUUUGAAUUGGAGAAUUUAUUCAUACAAAAUGCAAAUGAUCCUAAUAUUUAGGUGUUACUAAUGAGUUUUUUGUCGUCGUCGUCGUCGUCAUGAUGCUUAUUGUGUGUGCGUGCGUGUGUAGAUGUAAAUGAAUUAAACUAUAAAAAUCUGAAAGUGAUAUCAUCAUCAAAAACGAAAUCGCAUCAUUGUGAUGCAUCAUUAUCCGAGUAAUAAGUAUAGUGUGUUUUCCUUAUGUUCGGUUUUUAUUCUUCAGCUGACAUCACACAGCCAAUAUUAUAUUUUCACUUCGACUCGUUGAAAAAAAAAAUAAAAAUUCUAUUCAUUUCUUAAUAAUAAACAUUGAGCAAGUGCUAAUUCUUCACAAAAAAAAAUUCUUAUUGCUCAUACUGUUUGUAUGUGGUAAAAUUACUUCUGCUGAUUCCAUGCAGUGCUGAAAAAUAAUCAUCAUCAUCAUUGAAGAAAAAAUAUGGAUAAUUUUCAUCUAGAAGAAAAUAAACAUCCACAACAACAACAACAACAAUCGGAACGGAAAUUGAAAACUUCGAUUGAAUUAUCGGAUAUACUCAAGUAUGCCAAAUGUAUCGAUAAUAAUCUUCACAGUGAUAAUGGUGAAUCAUUUAUCGAUCUAAUUGAAGAGCAAUGGAAACGAAUUGUUCCAGAACUAUUCCGUCCGCAAAUUUCGACAUCACCGCAAUCAUUUGAUGAACAGCGUGUGUAUGAAGAAUUGAUCAAACCACUCGAAUGUUUCAUUACGGGUGUGGAACAAUCACAUGAAUUAUUGGAUAAAUUAAAAAACAUUUCGAAACCACCACAAUUAUGUGGACGAGUUUUUAAAUUAGGUGAACCAACUUAUAGUUGUCGUGAUUGUUCAUCGGAUCCUACAUGUGUAUUGUGUGUUGAUUGUUUUAAACACAGUGUACAUCGGCAACAUCGUUAUAGGAUUAGUCCAUCAAGUUCAGGAUAUUGUGAUUGUGGUGAUCCUGAAGCUUGGAAAUGUGAUGCUAUUUGUUCAUUGCAUGCAGCAAAAAGAACCACAGAUUCUGAUUUAUCCGCCAUCCUAUCAUUGAUGACCGAACAAGAAUUCAAUAAUAUUCUAAUCCGAUUACGAAUUGUCAUUCAUUAUGUACUUGAUUAUAUCUAUUUGUUGCUCAAAUGGAAUCAAACAGAUCUACCGAAACGAUUACAAACAACAAAACGGGUGGAAAAACCUGAAGUUAAUCGAUACGCAUCUGUCUUAUACAAUGAUGAAACUCAUACCUAUGAACAUGUUAUUUAUGCAUUGACAAAAUCCAUCAAAUGCGAUAACAAAAAAGCUACCGAUUAUGCAAACACUGUCGAUCGUGAAGGACGUUGUGUCAUAUUUAUUGGAACACAAGAACGAUGCGAUACUGUGAAAUCUAUUAUUAGCGAUACAAAUCGAAAAAAUGAGGAGAAAGUUCUUGAAGUUAAAGUUCUUAGCACACAUCUGGUAGCUCAUCAAACAUUUGUCACCCGAUUGAUGGUAUGGAUAAUGGAAAUGUUACCGAUUUGUAAACAAUUUCGUCUGGUAUUGGCCGAUUAUCUUUAUCAACCUGGUCAUCAUUUUCAGCGGUUCAAUGAUUUCCAAGAACAAUCAUCGUCGAUGGCCAAUCUAAGUUUAUUGGAAAAAAUUAUGCAUUCGGAUACUUGGUUCUGGAAAUCGAUUCGUAUCUUAUGGCAUAAAAUGUUCAUGUCUGGUUUGUUGCUUGAUCUGAAGCCAAAAAAACAAUUUGCCCGAUUAUUCACACAACAUUAUCCACAUUUACUUGAAGAUUUCGUUAAAGAUGAUCAUGAAGAACAUGUAUCGAUAUUAUCAUUAUCGGUACAAAUCUACACCGUUCCAUCGAUCGCUAGAAUGUUGAUUGAAGAGGAAAAUGCAAUCACUAUUCUAAUCAAUACUUUUCUUGAAUUAAAUUUUUCUUACCAUCAACAGGGACGUUUCAAUUUCUCCACAACGCCAAAUACACCACCCUUCAGACGAUCGUAUCGUGCGUUACGAGAUACACAUUAUCUCCUUACACCGAAAAUUGCUGAUUUAUUCGAAUGGUCAACUGAUCGUAUUCGCAAUCAUUUUCUUGAAGGUGCCGAAGCAUUUGCUAAAUUAUUGAAACGAACACAACAAAUGGAAACAAUGAUACGACAAGUAGUUCAACACAUUGAAUACGAACCUGGUCGUGAUAUGUCAACGAAAUUUGAAUUCAUACUGGCACCAUUGAUUAAAUCGUUCAUUGAAUGGUCGAUUACCGACUCUCAAAUCUAUUUGAAUGUUUUCAACACUGGCUUACGUUUAGCAAAAGAUUCAUUCGAUUAUUAUGCCAAUGGCGGUGAUAAACAGAACGAGAAUCCGGUUACCAAUUCACGAUGUACCACUGUUCGACGUCAUUAUGCAUUUCGAUCAGCCAUGGUUUGGGAUUAUAAUGUCGGUCGAAAAGAGAUGAGCAUUCAUACACCAUUAUCACGAUUUUUAGCUGGCCUAAUGUUACAUUUACCGGAAUUUCCCGAUCUUUGGAAUGAAUAUAAUGAUUAUAGCAGUGAUGAUGAUUGUGGUCGUUGUCGUCGAUUAACACCAUAUCGAUUGAACGCUGAAUCAACAAUGGAAUUAGCUUUGCGUACACAAGUAUUGCUUGGACAAUUUCGUGCUGGAAUGUGGCGUCGAAACGGCUAUUCGUUUAUCAAUCAAAUUCAUUUCUAUCUAAGCCCUAGUCUACGUGCUACAACCUAUGAUUUGGACAUUUUAAAUCUACAAAUUGGUGCUGCUAUGCUCGAUCCAAAUGAAUUCAUGAUACAUGUAAUGUGUAAAUAUUCGGUCAAUGUUAUAUUGGAUGAUCGUGAAUAUUCACCAAGUAAACGUAAUGAUGAUGCCACUAGACAUCAGAUUACAUUAUUGGAAGAAUUUCUUCGUCUUAUUUAUACGAUUCUAGUCGAACGCUAUACCGUGAAGCUUGGUUCCGUAAACGACGAUGAUUGUUGUAAGAAUGAAAUCAUACAAUGGUUAUGUAAAGAAUCAAUGUCGAAUUCUGAAUUGUUUGCACAUCUUAACCAAGAUUAUUGUGAGAAAAACAUUGAAGAUUUAAUAUUGGAAGUAGCAGAAUUUCGUCGUUCAUUAUCCACCUCGAACACGGCUGGCCGCUACGUAUUGAAAGAUGUGUAUCGUGAACGUUUCAAUCCAUUUUUCUAUCAUUACACUCGUCAGGAUCAAUCGGCUGCAUACGAAACACAGAUACGAAUCAAACGUGAUCGAAAGGAAAAACAUCUUUGCUGUCCACCACCACCGUUGCCCGAUUUUAGUGAACCAUUUCGAACGAUUAAUCAGAUUCUUUUAUGCGAUGUAACAUUGACAUUAUUGAAAUGUCUGCUGGAGAAAACGAUCGAUCUUAAGGAUAUUUAUUUUUCCGAUUUUCAAUUUCAACAAUGUCUUUAUCUGAUUGGUAUUGCGUUGAAUGAAGAGCUUAAAUAUCCAGACCGUUUCAAAUUUAGCCAACGCGCCAUAGAUUUUAAUAUUGUUUCAUUAUUGGAACAAUGUUCUACUCGCCACAUUUUGACACGUGUAGAAAUGCAUCAAGGCCUUUAUGAUUGGUGUAUGGAUCGUUUCAAACAAGUGAUGCUGCUACAUUCAUCAUCAACAUCGUCAUCAUCAUCGAUUUCGACAGAUGAACCACAACAACAAUUGAUUGAACAGAAUCGAAAUUCUACAACAUUCGGUCAUCAUCAGGAACAAGAACGUUCCAGACGACGAAAAAUGGCGGCAGCUCGUCAAGAACGAAUUUUACAGCUAAUGCAACAACAACAGCGUUCAUUUUUGAAAGAAAAUGAAAAAUAUUUCAAAGAAAAUCCCGUUUCUAUCGAUAACAAUAAUAGCAGCAAGAACAAAGAUGUUUCAAUGACCGAUAUGACCGGUGAAAAUGAUUCCGGCGAACUUGGUGUUGCAUUUGGAGCACGACGUACUACUUAUAAUAAUAGAAUAAUGAAUUCGGAUGAUGUAUUCACCUGUAUAUUGUGUUUGGAAAGCCAGGAUGUGAAUACAAAUAAUGGUCGAUAUUUACUUUUAGCCGGUUUUAUACAACAAUCGACUGUUUUGUCGAAAAAUCGUUCGAUGCCAACAUGGAAAGAUACGGAAAAUAUUAAUUGUAUGCUAACAAGAUCGGAUCAUAAUUUCUGUCCAUUCAUAAAUACAUGCACUCAUUAUAUGCAUAAUGAUUGUUUUGAAAAAUAUUUCGAAACAACCAUGCUGAAUGAACGUCGACGAUCAGCACAUCGUUAUCCACGUGUUACAUAUGAUCUACAUAAACGGGAAUUUCUUUGUCCAUUGUGUGAAACAUUAUCCAAUGUCACUAUACCGAUUAUGCCAUCAUUAGCACAGCCUGUAAAACCGGCAACAAUUGCCGCUGAAAUGACAAUAGAUCAAUGGCUUAAUGCAAUGUUGGUUAUAUUACAAAGCUGUAAUUCGAUUUGGAUCAACGAUGUCAAUGAUCUAAUUUAUUCAUCAGGCAAAGUUCCUGGAUUUUCUAAAGGUUUUUCUCAAUUAAUCGCUUCAUUGACCGAUGAUUCAUUGAAACAAACGAUGCAAUCCUUCAAGCAAGAAUAUGAUCUAAAUAGACAACCGAUUAUCGAUGUGGAUGCUGUCGAAUCACAACGUGAUAUUCGUGGUGAAAUUGUGGGCAAUUUUUAUAAAACGAUAAACGAAAAAACUAUCUGUCCUGAUGAUGCAUUAACAUCCGGAUUAGAUGCUCCUCAUGAUUUGAUUCAAUGUUUAAAUUGGUCGAUAUCGUAUACACUUCAAGUGAUGGAACGUUCAAUGCGGCUUGAUGAACGAAAACGUUUGUCAAUGGAUCAGAUGGUCGAUACGCGUCAAUAUCAAUGUCUAAAAGCAUUGAUCAAGAUGGCUCGUGUACAAUCAAAUUUUAUGCAUACCUUAAAUCAACGACGUGUAUUUUUGUAUUUAAUGAACUACCUGCUUGUCACAACUGUCUAUCAAUCAAGUCCUUACCAUCUAUUAGAUGUUGAUGCAUUUACAUUGUUAAUUUCCUUAAUGAUAACUUCACCAUCAUUUUUCGUCGAUGAUUCACCCAAUAAUCAAUCUAAUCGUUUAUUUUGGGUACAUCACCAAGAUGAUCGAAGUAAACACCAGAAAAAUUUUAUUAUGCCCAUUGGCAAUAAUUUUGAACGAAAUAUCAUUGAAUUAAUGCUAACUUUUCACAUUGUACAGAUUGUGUUGACAAAUGAUAAUUUAGUCGAUUCGACACCAAUUGAUGAACCAAUGGAUGUGGAUGGCAAUGAAUGUACAUCCUCAUCAUCAUCACAGUUGAAAUCCGAUGAUGAUGACUCAAAAUCAAAUUCACCCAACAACAGUCCUUUGUUGGUGGCUUCGUUCUGUAAAGACAUCUUGAUUGCUGCUGGUCAUAAAUUUUCUGAAGAUGAAUUGAUGGCAAAUGCAAGCCAAAUUGAAACUUUCAUUAAACAACGUACAUUACCGUUUCUUCGAACGAGUGCACUAUUUGCGUAUUUCUUGACCGAAAUUCGAUGGCCAGAACGAUUGUGGAAUCAAAGUAAAGAUAAAAACAUCGCUACAACAAUUGAAUAUGACCUGCUAUGCCGAUAUCUGGCCAUUGAGCGUGAUCUCGGUUUGUUAUUGCAAUCGAUCAAUCUACGUCAUUUGUGUCUGAUUUGGACACGACACCAAAAGCUAUCGACUUUAUUUGAACAACCAACUGCUGGUACUGUUCGAACAUGUUUGUCCUCAUCGAAUCUCUACCUACGACAGCCACAUGAAAUCAAUCGUUUGGUGAAGUUGCCAUACGAUUUUAGUGAUCUCAUCAAUUCGGUGGUUAAUUUUACCUGUCCGAAUUCGAAUGGUGGUGAAAGUCGUUAUCCAACCAUGUGUUUGAUAUGUGGAGAAAUUCUUUGUUCACAAAAUUAUUGCUGCCAACAUCGUGUGGGUAAAGAAUCGGUGGGCGCCUGUACCUAUCAUUCACAACAAUGUUCGGCUUCGAUGGGCAUUUUUCUUCGUAUACGUGAUAACAAGAUUCUGUUGUUGACAUCCCGAAGUCGAGGUUGUUAUCUUGCAUCACCAUAUGUGGAUAAAUUUGGUGAAACCGAUUCCGGUCUUUGCCGUGGUCAUCCAAUGUUUCUUUCCGAACCGGCAUAUGAACAAUUAUAUAAAAUAUGGUUUCGCCACGGUAUACCUGAACAAAUUGUUCAUCUAAUGGAAACAUCGAAUUCAUUACCAAGCAUUAAUUGGAAUAUGAUGUGAUAUUAA